AUGCUGGGCUCGGUGAAGAUGGAGGCCCAUGACCUGGCCGAGUGGAGCUACUACCCGGAGGCGGGCGAGGUCUACUCUCCGGUGACCCCUGUACCCACCAUGGCCCCCCUCAACUCCUACAUGACCCUGAACCCUCUGAGCUCUCCCUACCCCCCGGGGGGGCUCCCUUCCUCCCCACUGCCCACUGGACCCCUGGCGCCCCCAGCGCCCACAGCACCCCUGGGGCCCACCUUCCCAGGCCUGGGUGCCAGCGGUGGUGGCGGCAGCAGCUCAGGGUAUGGGGGCCCGGGACCGGGGCUGGUGCAUGGGAAGGAGAUGCCAAAAGGGUACCGGCGGCCCUUGGCACAUGCCAAGCCGCCAUAUUCCUACAUCUCGCUCAUCACCAUGGCCAUCCAGCAGGCGCCGGGCAAGAUGCUGGCCCUGAGCGAGAUCUACCAGUGGAUCAUGGACCUCUUCCCCUACUACCGGGAGAACCAACAGCGCUGGCAGAAUUCCAUCCGCCACUCGCUCUCUUUCAACGACUGCUUCGUCAAGGUGGCGCGCUCUCCAGACAAGCCGGGCAAGGGUUCCUACUGGGCCCUGCACCCCAGCUCAGGUAACAUGUUUGAGAAUGGCUGCUACCUGCGCCGCCAGAAGCGCUUCAAGCUGGAGGAGAAGGUGAAGAAAGGGGGCGGCGGGACCUCUGCCUCCAGGAACAGUGCGGGGUCAGCCUCCUCGACCACCACCCCCGCUGCCACAGUCGCCUCUCCGCCGCAGGCCCAGCCGCCAGCCCCCGAACCUGAGGCCCAGGGUGGGGAAGAUGUGGGGACUCUGGACUGUGGUUCACCCCCUUCCUCCACACCCUAUUUCACUGGCCUGGAGCUCCCAGGGGAGCUGAAGCUGGAUGCACCCUACAACUUCAACCACCCUUUCUCCAUCAACAACCUGAUGUCGGAACAGACACCAGCACCUCCCAAACUGGACGUGGGAUUUGGGGGCUACGGGGCGGAGGGUGGGGAGCCUGGGAUCUACUACCAGGGCCUCUAUUCCCGCUCUCUGCUUAACGCGUCCUAGCAGGGG